AUAUCACCGAUCAGUCUUUGCAAGCUGAAGAGAUGAGAGCUGCGCUGCUGUGUCUGACUGUAAUGCUGCUGGCAGCCGCCGUCUGCCAAGCGAUUGGGCCAGGUUCAUGUGAAUGCCUCAAGACUUCAAACACGGUUCUCCAGAUCUCAAAAAUAAAGAGUUACUCUGUGCAGAAGUCAGGCCUUUGCCCCAUUGACGCUGUUGUAUUCACUACUGUGAAAGGAGUCAAGAUUUGCUCAGACCCACAGAAGCCUUGGGUGAAAAGAGCCAUGAAGAUAGUGGAUGGAAGAAGGACGACCGUUUCCUCAAAAGCAAUUCCAGCGACUACUGCUUUUAUCCCCACACGGAAUACAACAGCUUCAAGCUGGCCCCCGCAGUGCUGUCUAAAAUUAUCAAAUAGAAGGAUGCCAGCGAGGAGAUUUGCAUAUUAUACAGUCUACAGUGCGGGACUUUGCCCCAUCAACGCAGUUGCUUUUUGGACGCAUAAAGACCGGAAGCUGUGUUAUGAUCCAGACCUGGACUGGGUGAAAAACGUUAUGAAGACCAUAGGUCCAAGAAGCAGCUCUGCUCCAGCGCCCUCGAAACCCAAGGACAGCUCCAGAAGAAGAAGGGGGAAAGGCAAGAAAAUAAAGGUCAAAGCUGAAUAAACAGUAAAACAAAUCUAUUUGUGUUUCUACUUUUAAACUAGAUUGGGCUGGAUAGUCAUAGGAGAUUAAGUAAUAUAUUAUAUAGAUAUAUACAUUUUGCCAUAUGUUUAAUAUACAAUAUUGUGCAAAAGUCACCGAAGCAAAUUGUUCAAACCCACUUUUCUCAGCAGGAAAUGUGUUUUUGCCAGUAAAAACUGUAAAUAACUCUUGAAUAAAUGAUAAAUGGACCAUUCUGCUGAAUUACUUCAAUUACUGUGGUGCCACAGUUAAAAAAAAAAAGAAGCUUAAAGUAACAAUUGUGUAUUCAGAGCUUAGAUAUUUACGAUGUGUAUGUUCUGGUCUUUUUAAACCCGAUGCAUUAUUAGAGAUGGUAAUAAGCUAAAUAUGUAAGAAACCAUCAUUUAUAGGGCAAUUUCUUUUGGCAGAUGUCUGUCCUAAAACCCUAAACCGUAAAUUUACAGUUUUGAAAAUAAUACUUUUUUUCAUUUUGUUGUUUUUAAAAGUGUGUUUGAUUUAUUUUUAAGUGAAGUUGAAUUAUUUAGAUUUUGGAGUUUAAUUCUGAAUUCAAGAACGUUUCAUGGCACUAUUGAAAUCAGCGUGGAACAUUAGGAACUGUCAAUACUGAAGCAUAUAUUUUUUGCAGUUAAGAAUUAUUUUCUUUUUUUCUGUGUUUUAACGAAAAUCACGAUGAUUUUAUGUGUGUGUGCAACUUUUCAAAGCUGCGUUUGCAAGUCAUGUACUGUCACUACCGAAACAGUCACUACUGAAACCUUAAAAAAGUUUCAGAAGAGUUAUGAUUGUUUCAGUAAUGACCAAAUGUAAUGUUGUGUUAUUUGUUUUAAUAAAUGAAACAUAAUUAAGGUA